GUUAUAACAUUCGGUGCCCGCCUUUAGUGGGAGCAUCAAAAAGCUUCUCACUUUACCCAUAACACCAAAUUAAAAGAACAGAAAAAUCCUUUCUUUUUUCUCACCAACUAAGAACUGUGCAUACGUUAUCGAUCAUGGAAGGUAUUAUCGUUAGAAGGGUCAUCCCCUCGGACAACAGUUGCCUUUUUAAUGCUGUUGGGUACGUUAUGGACCAUGUCAAAGAAAAAGCCCCAGAGCUGAGACAGGUUAUAGCUGCAACAGUGGCAAGUGAUCCUACAAAAUAUUCUGAGGCAUUUCUUGCAAAGCCGAAUGCUGAGUAUUGUUCGUGGAUUCUUGACUCGGACAAGUGGGGAGGUGCCAUUGAGCUUUCAAUAUUAGCAGAUUACUAUGGCAGGGAAAUUGCAGCAUAUGAUAUCCAGACUGCCAGAUGUGAUUUGUAUGGUCAGGAUAAGAACUACUCUGAAAGAGUCAUGCUGAUCUAUGAUGGUCUCCACUAUGAUGCUUUGGCUAUGUCCCCAUUUGAGGGUGCUCCGGAGGAGUUUGAUCAAACUAUCUUUGCUGUACAGAGGAAUAGAACUGUUGGGCCAGUUGAAGGCCUUGCACUUAAUCUGGUCAAGGAUCAACAAAGGAAGAGGAGCUACACUGACACCGCCAACUUCACUUUGCGUUGUGGCGUAUGCCAAAUUGGAGUGGUCGGCCAGAAGGAGGCUAUGGAGCAUGCACAAGCAACAGGCCAUGUGAACUUUCAAGAAUAUAGAUGACAGAAAAAGGUUUGGGCAAGAAAAAUGGGAGAUACAUUUGAUUUAGUGAGCUCUUUCUUACCUAAGUUCAUUGAACUUUUUUAUCAUUUGUUUGAUAGUUAUCUCAUUGGAUUCUUGAAAAACCAAUAAGGUUGGUCAAUUUAGCUUGGGAACAGUUCGUGCCAAAUGAAAAUGUUUACUGUUUUCUUA